AUGAAAGCAGCCACUCGUCGUAAGGUAUCUUACGUAGUCAAGCUAUGUAAUGAAGAGCAAACACAUUGUCUUGGAGUCAACUCGUUAGCCAUUGAUACAUCCAAUUGCAAUGCCAAGACUGACACUGCCGAAGGAGGUGUCUUGUAUUCAGCUGGAAGAGACGGCAUUGUUGCAAGUUGGGAUUUGCACAUGGAAUUUAAGAGAAAUGCAGACGAGAAAUGGAAAUUAGAUGGAGAAACAAAGGCUCUACCCAAAACGACAUGUAAGGCAUUUUCCCAAAUGCAUACGGACUGGGUAAACGAUAUCGUCUUGUGUGAACAAGGCACCUGUGUCGUCUCAGCUUCAUCCGAUAGAACAAUCAAAUUGUGGAAGCCAUACAGUGAUACACCUCGAGCAGCUCAUACAAUUGGAUACCACACUGAUUAUGCUAAAUGCUUGACCUAUGCAUCAAAACCUGGAUGGGUUGCUAGCGGUGGUUUGGACAGACGCAUCAAUAUUUGGGAUAUAGAGAAAUCAGAAGCAGCGUUGACUAUUGAUGCUGGCCCUGCCAGUCAUUUUACAGAUGGAUCCAGUGAAAGUACCAGUAUGCUUCACAACACAUCGAGCAAAUGCUCAAUCUAUGCCUUGGCUGUCAAUCCUACUGGCAGCAUUUUAGCUUCGGGUUCACCCGAGAAAGUAGUGAGGCUGUGGGACCCUAGAUCUGGCAAGCGUAUCAGCAAAUUAACAGGCCACACCGACAAUAUCCGUGCCUUGUUAAUCAGUGACGAUGGCCAAUAUAUUUUGUCGGGCUCAUCAGACUCUACCAUCAAGCUUUGGUCUGUCAAAGCGCAACGCUGUUUGACCACUUAUGAAACACAUCCAGACUCUGUUUGGUCUCUCUACUCAAAUCACCCAGAACUCAAAACAUUCUAUUCAGGCUCCAGAGAUGGGUUAGUCAACAAAACAGAAAUUACAGGACAGACUUUAGCGGAAGGAGAUAGCGAAUGCAUAGGCUUAUUCAGAGAAGACAGUGGCGUUUCAAAGAUUGCUGCACUUGAAGAUGCCUACGUCUGGACGGCAACAUCGAGCUCCAGCAUCAAUAGAUGGUUGUCUGUGCCCUCGAUUGAAUCUCGUCAAGUAUUGCCUCGCUCAGACUUCAACCCUGAAAUCCCCAAUUCAGCGCUCGUCAAAUUGCCACCUGCCAAAUCAGCCUACUCAUCACAAGUAGCGGAUGCAUUUGUAGCCAGCGACCAAAUCACUAUGUAUGCUGGCUCCGUUCUUUCCAUCCCCAUCAGUUAUCAAGAUGAUGAUUUGGAUAAUGAGGACUCAUUGACACCGCUGAGAGCUGCACCUGAUUAUGUCAUUCCUGGUAAACCUGGCAUUACGUCGCACUUGAUAUUGCAUAAUAGACGCCAUCUGUUGACAAAAGACACCAAUGGAGAAAUCGCCAUGUGGGAUUUGACAAAGUGCAUACAAGUCAAGAAUUUUGGCAAACGGGAUUUGGAAGAUGUUGCUUCGGAAGUGAACAGUUUAGAAAGCUUCCCAGCGUGGUGCUCCAUUGACACCAAGAUUGGCGCUAUCACUGUGCAAUUGCAUGAAUUCAAUUGCUUUGACUGCGAAAUGUACGCCGAUGAGGUUGAGUUACCUGACACUUACCAAGUGAGAGAAGACCAAAGAUUGAAUCUGGGAAAAUGGGUGAUUGCCAACUUGUUUGAAAAAUUCAUUGAGCAAGAACUCAAAAACGAGAGUGAAGGCAAUGUACGCUAUGGAGACGAUCAACCAGAUAGACCCGAAUCUGUAAAAAGUAGAACAGUUCAAACACCUGGCGAAGAGAAGUCCACACCUGAGCCAGCAGUGCCCAGUGUCCCUUCCACCAGUAUACCAGCAUCAGCACCACUAGCACCCAAUGUGAGCAUGGAUGAGCCCAAAUUCCCUCGUCUGGCUGUUACAACCAACGCUGCAGAUCAAUCCCCUUUUCUACCAUCUUCACCACAGGCUGCUCAAUUUGCUGGCCCAUUCACUGCACCACCAUCUUCCAACCCUCAAUCAGAUUAUUUCUCGGGUGCGCAUCACACACCUGUUCGCAGAGAGUCUUCUGUUCAGCUUCCACCACCUGCUGCUCUCCCUACAUUGCCAACGUCACCUACAAGCGGCAACUUUAUGAAUAGACUCAAGAAUCUGUCUGUCAAGGCUAAACUAAGUCGAGUUCCCACCAACGAGCUGCCUGGAAAUGAAUUGCUGGCUCCUACUGUAUCUACUUCAUCUAUCAGUACUUCCACUACACCCACAGAAGAAACGACACAGCCUCAGCAACCUUCACCUCCGGCACAAAACGCUACUCUCAAUGGUAGCAGCGGUGAACCCAAAUCUACAGAGGAAAACAACAAAUUAAAGGACAUUGAAGAGAGUAAAUCAGAAUCUUACACACCACCUCAUUUAGAGGAUUUCCCACCAUUGGAGAUUCCCUCGUCGACUAUGAUCAUAGUGGCAGAAGAAAGCGCAGAGGCUUCUACAGGCAUAGAUUUGUAUCGUGGCACAGUUGGAUCUGUUGGUGAGGACGCUGGAACCAUCAUUGACGUAGCUCCAUCUUGGUUGCUGUCCUACCUCUUAUAUAACAAAACACCACCCAAAGAAACUGUCAAGCUGACAUUUGUUUUGAAGCCGGCCACUGGAUCCAAUUUGGAUGAACUUCCAGGAGGACCCAACAACCGACUGUUAGCGAAUCGUGUAUUAAGAGUGCGAAAGCUUAUCCAGUAUAUUUCUGAAAAGCUGUCAGUCAAAGAUGGCUCGCUUGAAUUACUAUGUGGCGACACUGUGCUUACGCCCACCAUGACGCUCGCAGCUAUAAAGCAGCAUAUACUAAAGACAAGUGGUGAUAUUCCACUUUGCUACCGCUUAAAGGAACCUGUUACAGUCAGCGAGUAA